GGAAAUUAAAAUGUAUAAUUAUCUGUUGUGCUCAAGAAUGUGCAGAAUCUGCCUGGCAGUUUAAAUCGGAGCCCGAUUUAAACAAGUUGUGUUUUUAAAUGUUUUACUAGUCAUUUUUAUGUGUUAAGUAAUUUUAUGCAUUUGUGUUUCGAAAAAGAGGUAGCACAUCACACUAUGUAUUUUCUGGAAUCGGGUGUUACCAUUUAGUGGUCAAUUGUACGGAAUAUGUACUGUACUGUGCAACCAACGAACAGAAGUUUCAAUCUAUCAAUCAAUGAGUGAGUUGCAAUAGUGCAGCGCCAUCUCCUGGUGAUAAUAGUGGCUACUAAUAACUGAACGUCGUUUUGUUUGUUUUUUAUGUAUUCACUCGAAUUGUAUUCCUAUUUGGAUGUUUAAGAACAUAACAUACAAAUUUAAAAAUAAAAAAAAAGACAGAAAAGCUAAUAAUGAUCGCACUGGUGCACGCCCUCCAACAUAACACGACUCUCGUCAAAUCUAUCAAUGCGGGAAUCUGGGAGUUGUAGUCCUUUCUGCUUGGACGCUGUCGUCAUUAUCUGGAUGUAGUACCACUACUCCCAUGAUGCUCCAGCUAAACCGCUAAACAGGCGCACACGCCCACGCCGAGUAAAGCCAUCGGCUGUAAUCCUCACACAGCUCUUAAGCCUACGCGGUUAUUUUCUACUGCAGUUAAAUCACAUCAAAAUGGAUAACUCCGGAAAAGAAAAGGAAGCCGUGCAGCUAAUGGCUGAUGCGGACAAGAAAAUCAAGUCUUCGGGCUCCCUUUUGGGAGGCAUGUUUGGAGGAGGACACCACAAAGUGGAAGAAGCCUGCGAGAUGUACUGCAGAGCGGCCAACAUGUUCAAGAUGGCCAAGAACUGGAGUGCUGCUGGAGGAGCAUUUUGCAAAGCAGCACAUCUCCACAUGCAGCUGCAGAACAAACAUGACUGUGCCACCAGUUUCAUCGAUGCUGGGAACGCUUACAAGAAGUCCGACCCAAACGAGGCAAUCAAGUGUUUAAAUGCCGCCAUCGAUAUAUACACAGACAUGGGAAGAUUCACCAUUGCUGCCAAACACCACAUUAGCAUUGCCGAGGUCUACGAGUCAGAUCUGGUGGAUAUCGAAAAAGCAAUUGCACAUUAUGAACAAGCAGCAGACUACUACAAGGGAGAAGAAUCAAAUAGUUCUGCCAACAAGUGUCUGCUGAAGGUGGGAGCCUACUGUGCUCAGCUGGAGCAGUACCAGAAGGCCAUAGAGAUCUACGAGCAGGUUGGAGCCAACACCAUGGACAAUCCUCUGCUGAAGUACAGCGCCAAAGAGUAUUUCUUCAAAGCGUCGCUGUGUCAUUUCAUCGUGGACGAGCUAAACGCCAAGAUUGCUGUGGAAAAAUAUGAGGAGAUGUUCCCAGCUUUCUCCGACUCCAGAGAGUGCAAACUCUUAAAGAAACUUCUGGAGGCUCAUGAGGAACAGAAUAGCGAGGCUUUUACAGAGGCAGUGAAGGAGUUCGACUCCAUCUCUCGCUUGGACCAGUGGCACACGACGCUCCUACUGCGCAUCAAAAAGACCAUCCAGGGCGAUGAGGGGGAUCUUAAAUGAGUCCCUGCUCAGUGGAGACACAGAAAGGACAAAUCUAUCAAUUAGUCAAUCAUUACGCAUGACAACCGCCAAUUACACACACACACAAAAAACACUACACAAACUACAAACAGACUUUUCCACUGCGCACUGCUUUACUGUAACACUUAGCUUCCCUUGAAAUGGGCGCGUCGCAAUCUGGUUGAAAUGUAAAGCGUCUUCUGUGCGGAGGUGUCUUCUUCACCUAACGUGUGUCCGUCCUCCUGGAAGUACGAGGGUCAGCGGUCACGUCGACAACUGCAUGUUUUUGUACAUGUAGUGUGUCGUUUUGUGUCUUUGUCAGAUCUUUAUGUAGUUUCAUCUAGGUUGGCUCGUUGACAACGUGCGCUAAGAGACUGUUAGAACCGCUCAUUAUUUCCUCAGGAUUCCUUUUGUUGAUGUGUCGUGACUAUUUUUGGUUUCUUGUAGUUCAGAGGUCGGCAACCUUUACCACUCAAAGAGCCAUUUUGACCCGUUUCACAAAAUAAAAAAAAACAAUGGGAGCCACAAAA